AGCGAAAGAAACUGCAAUUUCUCCAAAUCUUAAGAAAGUAUAAUCAGAAUCCAGUGUCUGAUCAUGCUCUUCUUAGGCUAUUCGAAGGCGGAAAAUGAUCCGAAAAUGCAAGGAAUAUACAAUUAUACUUGGAAGUCUAACUCUGGAAUGACCAAAUCAAACACUCUGAACCAAACCAUGGUUGCUUCAAGACCGAAGAAGCGUAAAAGUUCAAUUUUCUUACAAUCACCAUGGCACAAAGUAAAUCUACAAGGUUUAGAGUUAUGUCACAUCAUCAGAAUUGCUGAACAAGAAUGGGGCCUUGCGACAAAUACACUAAGUGAGAAGGUCGAUACAAAUGAGGCGAUAUCUCCAUCAAAGAGAAGGCUUGUUUUAUCCACACAUCUUAUGCAACAGCUUCUCCAACCAGCACCAGCGUUUGUUUUCUUGGGCGACAACGCAGCUCUCAACUACGAAAUCGUGCUUUACUUUGUGUCGAGAAUCACCCUCGCUGAUUCAUGUUCUCUCAAAUGCCACUCGAACUUGAAUAAGAGCAUAAAUCGUCAAACUUCGAAGACAGCUAGUGAUCAACAGUUUUCUUCACUCAUUAAUGCUUUCAUGGAGAAAAUACAUAAGCUUGAAAGUGACUUCAAGAGCUUGGAGAGGACUACAUCGAUAUUAGACAUCAUCUUCGAAAUCCAAGACCUCGAAAGGUUCUCUGUGAUAAAUCAUCUGGGCAAGUUUCAUAACCGCGCAAAGACCAUUACAAGACCUAUUCCGCAGAGGUACAUUGUGGGAAUACAAAUGCCAAUGAACCUACCAGAGCCACUACAUUGUCUUCCUCUGUGAUCAUAUCAGAUUUUUUGGGGAAGAAAGAUAGUUUUGAUGU